CGUUCCCUCCGCCCUCCUUGGGCUUCGGCGGCGGCAGAGUGAACGGGACGGGCCCGGCCGCAGAGCUCUGGGCGGCGGGUGGGACUCGGGCGUCUGACAGAGUUGUUGUUCCGGCACGGCCGCGGAGACGUGAGCUGUGCCAGGUGGAUGUGGGCAGAGAGGUUUGCAGGGCUGAAAUGGAGGUCAGAGCUUCCUUACAGAAGGUCAGUGGGUCACCUGAUUCUGCGGCCACACUGAACAGUGAAGAGUUUGUUUUGGUUCCUCAGCACACAGAUGACACUUCUAUAAAGGAUGAUGGGAAGCCACAGCUGAAGAUAGCUUCCAAUGGUGAUGAGCAGUUGGAAAAAGCCAUGGAAGAGAUUUUGAGAGAUUCCGAGAAAGGGCAAAGCAGUCUACCUGUUGAUGGCCAAGGAUCCAGUGAGAUUUCAGACCAUUCCUUUGGAGAUGUUCCAGCCAGCCAAUCAAAUAAACCACCUCUCCAGUUAAUUUUGGAUCCAUCUAAUACAGAAAUUUCCACACCCAGACCAUCUUCUCCAAGUGGAUUUCCUGAAGAAGACAGUGUUCUCUUUAACAAGUUGACAUACUUAGGAUGUAUGAAGGUUUCUUCCCCACGUAGUGAAGGGGAGGCUUUACGUGCAAUGGCCACCAUGAGAGCUUCCAGUCAAUACCCCUUUGCUGUUACUCUGUAUGUGCCCAAUGUUCCAGAAGGAUCCGUGAGAAUCAUCGACCAGUCAAGCAAUGUGGAGAUAGCAUCUUUUCCAAUUUAUAAAGUCUUGUUCUGUGCGCGUGGGCAUGAUGGGACAACAGAGAGCAAUUGCUUUGCAUUUACAGAGAGUUCUCAUGGUUCAGAAGAGUUUCAGAUACACGUUUUCUCCUGUGAAAUUAAAGAGGCAGUCAGCAGAAUUUUAUAUAGUUUCUGUACUGCAUUCAAACGUUCUUCCAGACAAGUGUCUGAUGUUAAAGACUCGAUCAUCCCGACUCCUGACAGUGACGUGUUUACCUUCAGUGUCUCCUUGGAGGUCAAAGAAGAUGAUGGAAAAGGCAACUUUAGUCCUGUGCCUAAGGAUAGAGAUAAAUUUUAUUUCAAAAUAAAGCAAGGAAUAGAGAAGAAGGUUGUGAUUACAGUUCAGCAACUAUCUAACAAAGAAUUAGCUAUUGAGAGAUGUUUUGGAAUGUUAUUAAGCCCAGGUCGAAACGUGAAGAACAGUGACAUGCAUUUACUGGAUAUGGAGUCUAUGGGAAAGAGCUAUGAUGGGAGAGCUUAUGUCAUCACCGGCAUGUGGAACCCCAACGCACCAAUAUUUCUGGCUCUUAAUGAGGAAACGCCAAAAGAUAAACGGGUGUACAUGACUGUUGCAGUGGACAUGGUGGUCACAGAGGUGGUAGAGCCAGUCCGCUUUCUCCUGGAGACAGUAGUGCGUGUAUACCCUGCAAAUGAGAGAUUUUGGUAUUUCAGCAGAAAGACUUUUACAGAGACUUUCUUCAUGAGGUUGAAACAGUCUGAGGGAAAAGGCCAUAGCAGUGCUGGAGAUGCAAUAUAUGAAGUGGUGAGUCUGCAGAGAGAAUCUGACAAAGAGGAGCCGGUCACCCCUACUAGUGGAGGGGGCCCAGCCUCACCCCAGGAGGAUGAAGCAGAAGAGGAGAGUGAUAAUGAACUCUCAAGUGGAACAGGUGAUGUGUCAAAAGACUGUCCUGAGAAGAUCCUCUAUUCUUGGGGAGAAUUGUUAGGAAGAUGGCAUAAUAACCUUAAUGCCCGACCAAAAGGGCUACCCACCUUGGUAAAGAGCGGUGUUCCUGAGGCAUUAAGGGCAGAAGUAUGGCAGCUUUUAGCAGGAUGCCAUGACAACCAGGCAAUGCUGGAUAAAUACAGAAUCCUUAUCACAAAGGACUCUGCACAGGAGAGUGUUAUUACUCGAGACAUUCAUCGUACAUUUCCUGCACACGAUUACUUCAAAGACACUGGAGGAGAUGGUCAGGAAUCUCUUUACAAGAUCUGCAAGGCAUACUCCGUGUAUGAUGAAGACAUCGGGUACUGUCAAGGACAGUCUUUUCUUGCUGCUGUACUACUGUUGCAUAUGCCAGAGGAGCAAGCAUUCUGUGUUUUGGUGAAUAUUAUGUAUAAAUAUAAAUUGAGAGACUUAUACAAAAACAAUUUUGAAGAUCUUCAUUGCAAAUUCUAUCAACUUGAGAAACUAAUGCAGGAACAGCUGCCAGACCUGUACAGCCACUUCUGUGAUCUGAACCUGGAAGCUCAUAUGUACGCAUCCCAGUGGUUCCUCACUCUUUUUACUGCCAAGUUCCCACUCUGCAUGGUGUUCCACAUCAUUGACCUGCUGCUGUGCGAGGGUUUGAAUAUAAUCUUUCAUGUAGCUUUGGCUCUUCUAAAGACCUCAAAGGAAGACCUCCUGCAGGCUGAUUUUGAAGGUGCUUUGAAGUUUUUCAGAGUUCAGCUUCCAAAGAGAUACCGGGCAGAGGAGAAUGCAAGAAGAUUGAUGGAGCAGGCUUGCAAUAUUAAAAGCUGAGGACCGAACCCAGGGCCUUGCGCUUUCUAGGCAAGCGCUCUACCACUGGGCUAAAUCCCCAACCCCUUUUUUUCUCUUUUUCUUCCUUCCUCUUUGUCUCCCUCUUUCUCCGUCUCUCCCUCUCUCCUUCUCACCCCCCUUUCUUUUUGUUAUUAUUUUGCAAGUUAGGGUUUCUCUGUGCAACCCUGGCUGUCCUGGAACUCACUCUGUAGACUAGGCUGGCCCCAGAACCAUAGACCUCUGCCUGCCUCUGUCUCCCAAGUGCUAGGAUUAAAGCUGUGUACCACCACUGCCUACACUUUUUAAUAAUAAAAUAUUUGUUAUUUACUUUGCUCAGUGAUGUGUUUAUACUAAGAGUAAAGAAAAUGGUGAGGUCCCUUUGGUUCCCGUCUUGAUGAGGGUUAUGUUUUGAUCCGUGCUGACGUUGAGAACUCAUGUUUUAUUGUGGAACAGCCUUCCAUAGUUAUGCUGUGAAUUUGAGUAGUCACUGAUGGAUGUUAGAUGUAUAGUGGGGCCACCAGGAAAGGAAAUGUUUUUGUAGGAGGUGGAGGAAGAAAUUUCUGAGCAACUGAUUAGCAUUAUAAGAUGACCAUCUCUAAACUGGAACCUGAACUCCAAAAUGCUCUAAAAGCUAAAACUUUCAAAUAAUGGCAUGUUAUUAAUAAUUAACAGUGUAAGAUUCUAUUCGUAGCCUACUGUGAUGGGUGACAGGCAAACAGUUAUAUUUUUAAUAUACUAUAAAUUUACUUUCAGUCUAUGUGUAAACUAUUUAUGAAAUUUUAGUGAAUAUUAUGUUUAGGCUUAGGUCCUAUCCCCAAGAUAUCUUAUUUUAUGCACCCAAAUAUUCCAAAAGUAAAAGAAAAAUCCAAAAUAUUAAAUACUGGUGGUCACAAGCAUUUUUUGAUAAAGGAUAUUCAGUUACUAUGUAUUACUAUGUAAAGCCAUAUAGUAUUGGGUGUAGGUGGAUUUAGAAAGGACCACAGUUCCUGUGCCUAAGGCCUGUGGGCUGAUGUCAUAUUGAUAGAAGUGUCUGCUCUCACAGGAGUGGUAUCUGUCUGAGGAUUAUCGUGUCAGAGAAAGUGGUCAUGCAAUUUGUUGGGAAGGCAACUCUAAAAUGCCUUGUUUAAUGGGGUUAGUUUAAAGAUUAACAUUAUAGGAGAUUUGGUAUGAUAAAAAGCAAAGCAAUUAUAUAGAUCACGGUUUUAGAAGGCUCUAAAACAGGAUGCAACAAUAUAUAAAGUAUUUGGUAUUUCCAUACAGUCGCAGUUUAGAUGGAUAAGGGUAAAACUGUAAUACUAACUAAAGAUUGGCUUGCAUUGGAGAGAAAUCCAGGCACAAGAGUCUAUAUCAAGUUAAGAAAUAUUACUGAAUCACUUACCAUAUUGCUAAAUGGUACUGUUACGAUGUUUAUGUCAGAGAUGAUGGGUUUUCCUUUUCUGUAAAGGGUAUCUUAUAGUAGAUACCAAAGCCUUGUUGAGCUAUGCCUUCAGCUUUUUAUUUUAAAUUUGCCAUUCUAGGGGUGUGUAGGUACCUCCUUGUGUUUUCUUUCCUUUUUUAAUUGUGAUAAUAUAUAUAUAACAAACGUUGCCUUUUAACCGUGUUAGUUUUUACACUUCAGUGGCAUUAAUUAUAUUCAUGCUAGGUGCCUUGUCAGUGCAAUAGGUAUCAUGUUAGUUUCCUGUAUUCACAAUGUUAUAUGUGUAUCAUCAAACAUUUUUCAAAACUUUUUCAUACUCCCAAAUCAGUCUUUGUGUUCAUUAGGCUUUCCCCUUAGUCCCCAAGAACCAAGCCCAAGAACCUCUAAUUUAUUGUCUGUCCCUUUAAAUUUUUCCAUUCUAAGUAUUCCACAUAAAGGAGUUUCAUACAAAGGUCUGUCUUCAAUCUGUAGUUAAGGAUAUCGAGAUCUUUCUAUAAAACCUGAGCGCAUGCUAGCAGCAGCAGCAUCAGUGUGUUUGAUGCAUACAUUACCUACUCGGGAGUGGCAUCUGCCUUUUGUAUUUCAAGGUAUGGAAAACAAUAAUCUUACGAUGGAAUUGAGUCAUUAUUUAUUGCUAUUAAAACCAGAGUCUCCUCACUUUCUACGAUUCUGUUAAGCUACUGCUUAGCUCACCAGUGAGCUCUGUGAGAUGCUUUAUGCUCCCAGGUAUGGGCUAUGCUUAUCUUGAUAAUGUAGAAUGGAGAUAAAGAUGACUGAAGACAGUGUUUCUUAAACUCCUUCCAGACCAGGACUGAUUUCAUUCUAGAUCCUCCAGUUUGCCCCCCGGAGCUUCUGUGAUGUGCUGACAAGGCUUAAAUGAGCUCAUUGGUCUGUUUUCGGUCCUGCUAUUCACAUUAGCGCCUACUCUCUGCAGCCUGUUUUAUGCAAUAGUUAGAUCGCGUUGGGUUUUUAUUUUUUUAUUUUUAUUUUUUUAUUUUGAAUGUGCAAAGCAUAAACUGAGUCAGAGCAUUUCUGCUUUUGUGAACCUGUUUAGAUAAAAUCAAAGAUUGGUCAGAGGCAUUUUGUGUGUCGGGCAGGUUAAUGAGAUACACUACAUGCUCUGUAUCCAAAUGAGACAGAUGAUUGUGUUCUGUUCUGUGGAUUUUACUAUUUUCUAUGCCAACUGCCACUCACAUUUCUCACAAAAGAUACCCGGCAAGAGAUAUAGACAGAUCACUUCACAUCACAGCCCUGGAAAAGUCAUUCAAAGAUAUAUACAAGACACUUGUGUCAUCCUGCAUAAACUGAACUUUCACUUAGAAUUCUAGUGGCCAGAUCAUGCAUCUUAUUAAAAGAAACAGAAGCAAAAGUCACGUUCUUGCUCUGUGAUCUCAAGAAACUUCAGUGUUCUUGGAAGAGAGCCCUCAAAUCUAGAAAUAUCUGUGACUUCAAAGCAGGUUAGGAGCAAGAACAGAUUGUAGGGCACAGACUGAAGCAGUCUGGGAUGCUGCCAGCUGUAUCUAAUUAGUUACAUUUAGUUAAUACAGAAAGUGUGUAUCAUCUAAGAAAGAAGGUGUGCCAGUUAGUUGAAAGUAGUUGAAUUCUUAUUCAUCUAGAUUGUCUGAAAAGGAGCUAUAGGAAAAUUUAUUUUGGUUAUAUAUUAUAGUCUACAUGUCUUAGAAGGCUUUGAAUCCAGGAGCUAGUGACGAUAAUUGGAAUAUGUACUAUUUUUAGAAGAUUUAAAAUGUUAUUUUACAUAUGCAUGCAUUUAUAUCUUGUGUCUGUUACCUAUAAAGGUCAGAGGAAGGCAUUGGACCCACUGGAACUGGUAUUAAGGAUGGUUGUGAACCAUCAUGUGAGUGCCUGAAAUUGAACCCAGGUUCUAUGCAAGGGCAACAGAUUCUCUUAACUGCUGAGUCAUCUCUCUAACCACAAAUUUUUUGUUUCUGUGUUUUGUUUUUUGAGCCAGGGCUUCACUAUCUUCCUUAACUAGCCUGGAACUCUCUAUGUAGAUCAGGCUGACCUUGAACUCACAGAUUCACACCUGUAAUAUAUGACAUUUUAGUAGUUUCAGAAGCUUUCAUUUCUGUCCCAAUUAAACAGCAUUGUUAUUCAUAUUUCAAUUAUUGCGUGGCACUGUGGGAAAAUGUGCCGUUUUAUAUGACACAAACUGUCUCACUUUGUCUCAGUGGCUGCAUCCAACAUAGGCUACUCUCUACAGAGUUCUUUAGAAGAGCUAUAUAAUAAAAUAGUCCAUCGCAAAGGAUUUUGAUGGAUUCCCUGGAGGUUUGACUUGCACACGGUUUGUGUGAUCAAGGUAACAUCAGUCAAGCUGUGCUUUCAGAGGCUUGCACCUGUGGGUUUUCGGGCAGGGCCCGCUGUUAGUCUUGUUUGCCUGAAGAACAGCAUGACUUUCCCUCCCCUCUUGAUGGACUCCUCUUGAUAAGGCAAAUGCAUUUAGCAAAACCAUCCAUUCUGCAGACUUUCUGAGACCUACCCCGCAUCACCUGAGGUAGAGAAAGGGGUGCCUUAACUUCUCACUUACAUUUCUCCUGGCACUGCCUGUCUGCUCUAGUACAGCUUUUGAAUUUGUAUUUUAGGUUUUAAAAUGUUAAUUUUUAUUUUAUUUUGUGUGCAUGGGAGUGGGCACAUGUGCAGAUUGAAGAACAGUCUGUGAGGUCUACUCUCGGCUUCUAUGAUGCGGCUUCCAGAGAUUGGCAGCAGGAGGCCCUCCUCCCCACAGAGUUAUCGCCACAGCCAGUUCUGGUUUUAAACGGGUUGGCCAAUAGUUACACUAGCUCUCUCCUGUAAGUGGGUUGCCUGAAUUAAAUGUUUUAAAAUACCACAUAGCUAUCUUUUUUUUUUACACGAACCAGUAUCUGAAUUUUAUUAUUUCAAAAAUUGUCAGAAGAGGGCAUCAAUUCAGGUGGCUAUGAAAUGAAUGGUCAGCUGGAGAAGAGCUGAUCUACUGUAGUACAUACCACAUAGCUAUCUUAAAAGUUUGUUGGAGGGGCUGGGGAUUAGCUCAGUGGUAGAGCGCUUGCCUAGGAAGCACAAGGCCCUGGGUUCGGUCCCCAGCUCCGGAAAAAAGAAGCAAAAAAAAAAAAAAAGUUUGUUGGAGUAACCACAGCAGAAUAGGGCAAGUUUUCACUUACUGCUGUGUUAAAGCCAGGGUGUAUACGGCAUGAAAAUGGCUGGCAAUUCCUUGCUUCAGAAAAGUCUCAGCAUCCAAGAUGGAAGCAAAUUUCAAAGCUUCAGUAGCUUUCUAAAGCUUUCUUUAAAUGUAUACACUUUAAAACACUCUAGUGUCCGGGAUACAUCCCCAAGCAUAUCUAUCUACAACACAUCUUAAAUAUUGAAAGCCAGCAGAAGUUGAUGCAUACAUUUUUCUGUAAUUGUAUAAGGACAUACUCAUUGCUGGUUGCAAAUGGUUCAUAAAGACUGCCUAAGACACUGUGCAGAUAACAAAUUCUGUGGGAUGAGCUACAUUCUUUUUCCUGUUUUAAAAUGUAAUUAUAUUCUAAACUCUAGUGACUUUUCUCAGAGGCACUCCACAGUUGGAAGGGCCAAGGACAGUUGGUGCCUUUGCAGUCCGUAUAACUGCUUCUGUCUCAACCAUGGGUCCUGAGUGGGAUGUAGCUCUUUUCCUCUUCUUGCCUAAGUGGAUGGAAAUGACCUUUGGGAGCACAAAUAUUGAAACUACACAUAACACCUUCUUUCAACAGCCACUCCAAGUUGGAGAGAUGGCUAAGCCAGAGUGCAGCGAAACUGGUGAGGAGCAAAAGCACAGACUGAUGCUGAGUAAUGACCUAGAGACCCCUCUCCCCCCUUCUCUUCCCCUCCUCCCUUCUCUUUCCCCUCCCUCCCCCUUCUCUUCCCCCCCUCCUGCCAAUGCAGACAGGAGUCCGAAGACCAGGAAAGGACUGGGGAAGCUUGCUGGUCUCCAUUUUCUGACUUCUGCAGAAACGGUUUUUCACUUUUUAGAGCAUCUUUAUAAAGAGACAUAAUUCUUAUAUCUCAUGUUCACCUGCCUGCGCCUUGCAAAGACAUAGAGACCUUAGUAUUCAUUGUCUGACUCCAAAACAUUCCCUCAUGCUCAUCUGCAAGCACCACUUUCCAAUCACUCCAGUCUGCUCUCUGUCCAUACAUUUACCUCCACUGAAAAUAUUACAUACAGUAAUAUGUAGUAUUUUUGUACCUGGCUUCUCUCAUUUAGCCUACUGAGUUUUGAGAUUCAUCUGCAAUGCUAUGUAUGAGUAGUUUCUUCCCUUUUAUUAUAUAAUAGUAUUUCAAAAUAUGAGUACCUCAGUUUUGUAUCUCUGUUUUCUAACUUUUGAACUUCUUUUUGUUACUUUAAAAAAAUUGAGAUCAUAAUAUAAUUACAUUUCUCCCUUCCUUUUUGUCCCAACAAGACCUCCCAUGAGAAACAUUUCUUGUUCUCUUUCAAAUUGUGGCCUCAUUUUCAUUAAUUGUUAUUGCAUGCAUAUAUAUUUAAUAUACAUAAUAUAUGUAAUGUAUUAUAUAUAAUAUUUCCAGGGGAUAUAUAUACACAUAUAUAUGUAUGUAUAUAUAUACAUAUAUAUAUAUGUAUAUAUACAUAUAUACAUAUAUAGAGAGAGGGGGGGGAAGAGAGAGAGAGAGAGAGAAUCACCCUAAAACACUCCCUCAUUCUCAUGCCUUUUCUUUUGGGAGCACAAAUUAUAUAUAUAUAUAUUUUCCUCUAUAUAACAUACUCUGUAUAAUGAUACAUGUAAGUAUGUUUUCAGGGCUAACCAUUUGGUAUGGAUAACCAAUUGGUCUGCUCCUCUCUGAGGAAAACUAUUUUUCGGACUCUCAGCAUUGCUUAGAUGCUUGUAUGAACUUUUUGUUUCUAGUUUUGGACUACUACAAAUAAUGCUAUAAACAUUCACACCCAGAUUUUCAUUGGGUAGAUGCCUACAGGUACAUUUGCUAAGUCAUGUAUAAAUUUAACUUCUAAGAAAUUAUGUUAUUGUUUAUCUUUGAUAUUUUUUAAAAUUUAUUUAUGUACUUUAUAUUCUACUAACUGCCUCCAUCCCCCUUCUCCUCUGAGUGGGUAGGGGGCCCCAACAGCCUCAUCAAGUCUCUGCAGGGCUAGGCACAUCCUCUCCUGCUAAGGCCAGACAGGGCAGCCCAGCUAGAAAAACAUACCCCACAGACAGGCAACAGCUUUUGGGACAGCCCCCACUCCAGUUGCUCAAGACCCACAUGAAGACCAAGCUGCACAUACAUCUGCUACACAUGUGCAGGGAGGCCUAGGUCCAACCUGUAUGUGUUCCAUGGUUGGUGGUUCAGUCUCUGAGUGCUCCAAGGGUCCAGGUUAGUUGACUGUUGGUCUUCCUGUGGAGUUCCUAUCCCCUUAGGGGCUGCAAGCCUUCCUCCUGUUCUCUAAGAGUCCCUAAGCUCCAUCCACUGUUUCAUUGUGGGUAUCAGCAUCUGUUUGAGUCAUCUGCUGUAUGGAGCGUCUCAGAGGACAGUCAUACUAGGUAGACUCCUAUCUACAAGCCUAACAGAGCAUCAUUAAUAGUGACAGAGAUUGGUGCUUGCCCAUGCGAUGGGUCUCAAGUUGGACCAGUAAUUGGUUAGCCAUUCCCUCAGCCUCUGCUCCAUCCUCCGUGCCAGCAUUUCUUGGAAACAGGAUAACUUUUAGGUGGAAAGUUUUGUGGGAGGGUUAGUGUCCCUAUUGCUCCCUGGGGUUCCUGCCUGGCUACAGGAGGUGGCCUCUGCAGGUUCCACAUCCCUGAUGCUGUGAGUUACAGCUAAGGUCGCCCCCAUUGACUCUUGGGAGACUCCCUUAUUCCAGGUCUCUGUCACAUCUUGGAGAUGCCCCACCCCCACCCCCACCCCCAAGCACACACAUACUCCUGCCAAUUGCGUAUUUCCAUUCAUUCUCAUGGCCAUCUGGCCAUUCCUCCUGUCCCUCCCACACUUUUUAAAAAUCCCAUUCUAUAUUCCCAGAAGCCUUGCAAAGUCAUUUCCUUUUCCUUUCUGCAUGUCUUCCCCAAUGCUUGACCUUAGUCUCCUUUCUUAUGGCCUAGAUGCGAAGUGAGUUUAUGAUAAGUAGCUGUUCUUUUGAGUUUUAUGUUAGCUUAAGAUUUAUUUACUUUUAAUUAUGUGUCAGGGGCAUGUGCUUUGGGGGCUAGAGACUCAGGCAGUUGUGAGCCACCCAGAACCCAUUCUGGGAAACAAGUUUGGGUUUUCUGUAAGAGCAGUUAGGCACUUGCAGUCUCUAAGCCAUCUCUCCAGCUUUCUUUUGAAACUUGAAUUUGUAUUUUUAAAUAUUGUUGAACAUUAUUUUUGUUUGUUUGUUUGUGUCUUAGUUAGGGUUUUAUUGCUGUGAAAAGACACCAUGAACAAGGCAAGACUUAUAAAAGACAACAUUAAUUGGGGCUGGCUUACAGAUUCAGAGGUUCAGUCUGGUAUCAUCUAGACAGGAGCAUGGAGUCAUCCAGACAGACAUGGUGCAGGAGGUGCUGAGAGUUCGACAUCUUCAUCAGAAGGCUCCUAGUGGAAGACUGACUUCCAGACAGCUGUGAUUAGGGUAUUAUAGCCCAUGCCCACUGUGAUCACCUACUCCAACAAGGCCAUGCCUCCUAAUAGUGCCACUCCCUGGCCCAAGCAUAUAUAAACCAUUACAGUUUGUUGUUUGAAACAGGGUUUCCCUCUGUAGACCAGGGUAGCUUUGAACUCACAGAUGGCCUGCCUCUGCCUCCUGAGCACUGGACUAAAGACAUGUGCCACCACACCUGGCUAUUGUUAAAUAUUUUUAAGUUAGCAAUAUUAUAUUUUCUCUAGAACAAAUCUCUUUUUAAAAAUAUUUGCCUAUUCUAAGUUGAAUUACCUUGCUAGUGCAUUAUGAAAGUUUCUUAUAUACAUACACUGAUUUUUUUUGGACACAAGUUCUUUAUCAAAUUUGUAAAUAUUUUUCUUAGUCUUUAGCUUUUUUUGUAUUAUUGAUGUCUUUUAAAGGAAAAAGUUUUUGUAUGUUUGUUGUUUAAGAUAGGGUGUCUUAGGUUAGGGUUUUAUUGCUAUGAAGAGACACCAUGACUACAGCAACUUUCAUAAAGAAAACAUUUAAUUGGGGCUGGCUUACAGUUUGAAAGGUUUAGUCCAUUAUCAUCAUGGUGGGAAGCAUGGCAGCAUGCAGGCAGACAUGAUGCUGGAGAAGGAACUGAGGGUUCUACACCUUGAUCUGUAGGCAGCAGAAGGAGACUGAGCAUAUGCCACCCUGAGUGUAGCUUGAGCAUAGAAAACCUCAAAGCCUGUCCCCAUGAUGACACACUUCUUCCAACAAUGUCAUGCCUUCUAAUAAUGCCACUCACUGUGGGUCAAACAUUCAAACACAUGAGUCUAUGGGGGCCAUACCUAUUCAAACCACCUCACAGGGUUUCCUUUUGUAGCCUUGGCUGUCCUAUGUGUGAGUGAGAGAAGGGCAGACAGACAGACAGACAGAUAGACAGACACACACACACACACACACACACACACACACACAGCAGAGACAGAGAAGGGGGGUGAGAGGGGGCACAGAAGCUCACAUGAAGCUGCCCAUGGAAAUCAGAGGUAUCAGAUCCUAGAGUUGGAGUUAGUUAUAAGUGGCCUACUGUGGGUGUUGAUAACUGAACUUGUAUCCUCUGCAAGAGCAGUAUAUGCUUCUGACUGCUGAACCAUCUCUCCAGGCCCUUAACGUAUAUUAAUUGUAAUUGUCUUUAUUUUAGAUAAUUUCAUACAUGUAUACAAUGAAAUACAAUGAUAUUCAUACCUCCAUUUCCAUCCUCCAAUUCCUCGUAUACCAUCACCAAAAUGUCUCCCUUCUAAUCCCAUGUCUUCAAGUGCUGCCCUUUCUUGGUUUGGUUUGGUCUUACUUUGUUUCUGAUAACCCACUAAGGAUCAAAUGUGCUUAUCACACAUGUUCUAGGUCCAUAUUCCAGUUAGAAGGGAUGGGAAAAAUGGGAGGGGGUCAUAUCUCUUCCUUUGAAGAAAGUUUCACAUCCCACUUUGUCUUAGGUUUCUGUUGCUAAGCAACUGGGGUUGGUAAGGGUUUAUGUCAUCUUUCAUGUCCAUGCAGUACUCCCCCACUGCGAGGAAGUCAGGGCAGGAACUGUAGCAGAGACCACAAGGCACAUUGCCUCUCAUGCUCAGCUUGUUUUCUUAUAUUACCCAGGACCUGGGCAGGGGUGACAACCACCCCCAGUAGCUUGUGCCCUCCCUGUCAGUUAGCAAUCACAAUACCUUCACACCUGCCUACAGGAAAGCUGAUGGGUACAGUCCAAAACUCACCGUGUACAGUUUAAGCUGUCUUAUGUCGUAAUUCUUCAUCUUACAGACAGGUACUUUAAGGCUGUUGUGUGCCAGGGUUACUUGGGUACUUUGUUAAUAUCCAGAAGUGAAAUGAUUUGUCUUUAAAUACAAAGCAGUCCUGUCACCCUGAAAUACUGCAGUUUGAAUAACACCGAAUCCUUUGCAGUUUAGCAUUAUCAUUUGGAAAGGUCUCAGAACUGGGAGACAAAGAAACUUACAGCAUAUCCUAGCUCUCUCAGUGGCUAGGAUGAUCUUUACUUUAAAGUAAGGGACUGAGGGCCAUGUUGUUCUUCCCAGAUCACCAGAUGGGAGAUGGUGCUGUCCACAGUGCAUCUGGCCUUCACCCCUAGUUCAUCUUUCUGAAAGUGAAGUAGGCUAAGCUCUCAGAUUCUUUCCAGUAGAGUCAAGCUGACAAUCAAGAUUGCCACAGAGAUGUAGCAUUUAAAAAUCAUUCUGUCACUGUCCUCCUUUAAGACACAGAGAUAAUAAGUAGUCGCCAAUGGGAGGGAGCACAGGAGUGUAAGGGGGAGGCAGGAGUAGAUGACUGGGUAGAACUUAGGAACUUGAACAAGGACCAACUUACAAGGAGCGUCUAAGUCUUUUCCUUCUUCCAGUAGAAUUGGUUUUAUUUGUAAUCUGUGUAGAUUCCUGCUUGUAUAUUUUAUCAAUAUUAAAUUGAUCCUGUUAUUGAUCCCAAUGCUGGAAUUGUCGCUCAUUUGCUUUCAUUGUUGGAAGAUAAUUUAGUUUUAGACAAGCAAGGUAUUGUAGCUCUGCUUUGGUUUAGAGAUUUUCAAGGAUUCUAAACUAAUUGAUAAGCUAUAGAUCUCUAAAGUUAAACUGAUAAUCCUUUACUUUAGAGUAAAUAAUGAAGUACUCUUUAGUCAGCCAAUUUUCAUUUAUGACCAAAGCAAUGAAAACAGUGCAGGGUAGCCUAGACAGAGGGCACUGUGUCUGCAGGGCGGCCUACACAGUGGACUAGAUGGAGGGCACUGUGUCUGCAUAGUCUAUAGAUAUGGAGUGCCCUGGGUCCUUGGUAGGGAGGGUUAUCAGACAGAAGGAUGACUCUGUGUGGUAUACCUUUUCCCAUCAAUCUGUUAGUAACUGCAGAGAAUAAAAAGAAGGCUCCAUUAAUAUUUAAAUUUUUCUUACUUCCUGCAGUCAUGUGGCAGAAAUUCUAUGUGAAAGAGUGUAUAUGUUGGCCUCUUGCUAGAAGAUGCUACCUGCCUCCUGGUUUAGAUCUAAGCAUAGAUUUUUUUUUGACCAGCUUUCUUACCAUUAAAAUAAGGUUUUAGGGCUAAAGCAUCUUUUCUUAGACUGGUAACAGUUUUUGUUUUGCUUUGCUUUGCUUUGUUUGUGAAUGGUAAAAGUUUGAACUAUAUUUGCUCAAACUACAGUGCAGUGCAGUGGGCUCUGGUUUAUAUAUAUGCUGACAGCAAACAUGGCAGACUGGUUGAAGUGGGGAAGACCUUAAGGUAACAUGAAAUUUCCUUCUCUUUGUAGGAUUAUAUCAAAAUCACUCUAGAAAGUUGGUCCUUUAUUACGUUUUCAAGGAGAGAAACAUAUUAAAUAAUUUAUUAAAGAGCUGUGUGGCAGCACCCCUGUUCAACUCUCUUUAGAGGUCAGCAUUCUGCAACAGUUUCUUGGUCUUUGGCAUUUUUUUAGGUGUGUGCAUAUCUGUGGUAUAUGUACACAUGUGGAGGUCAGAGAAUGACACUGAGCACUCGGUCUUACUCCCUUGAGACAGAGUCUCUCACUGAACCUUGAGUUAGGGUGACAGCCUUCAAGUCCCAGCGAUUCCCCCAGCUCUGCCUCCCACAGAACUGGGGUUCGUGGCUACAGCGACAUGCCUGCCUGGCUUUUUAUAUAGGUGCUGGGGAUCUAAACUCAGAUCCUCAUGUCCGCGUGGAUAGUGCUCUUACGCAUGGAACCAUCUUCCAGACGCUGUUAUUGUCUGACUAUAACUUGGUGUUAGAACCUCAGAGAAUUCAACACCUUUUUGUAUUUUCCAAGUUGCGGUGACACAACUUUGAAAUGACACAGAAGUAGCUAGAAAGCAAGAUUUAUGCAGUUAGAAGCAAUAUUUAUUGCUUCUGGGUCAAGUUAGCAGACAGCUAAAUGUCAGACACACAUAGACUCUCUCUCUCUCUCUCUCUCUCUCUCUCUCUCUCCUCUUUUUCCCUCUUCCCUCUCUCUUUCUCUUCAUUCCCACCCCCUCACACACUCUCUUUCAAACACUCACACUCUCACACACUCACACAAACUAUUUGUCACACAUAGACACUCACGUACACUUACACUCUCUCAUACUCACACAGACUAUUUGUCACACAUAGACACUCACAUACACUCACACUCUCACACACUCACACAAACUAUUUGUCACACAUAGACACUCACGUACACUCACACUCUCUCAUACUCACACAGACUCAAAUACUCAGACACAUACACACUCUUAUCUUACACACACACACACACACACACACACACACACACACACACACACACAGUGCACCUGUACUUUUCUAAUUCCAUGCCUGAACUAUCAAUUCUUCUUUUAACAGUACCAGUGAGCUUAUUCCAGUGUUCCCUAUAUUAUAAUUCCCCUGAUGGCACUAAGUCUGGAUCUAUAACUUACUUGCUAAGUCUCCCUGGUUGUGCCAAAUUACCAUUCCUCUGCUGUCACUCUGAAUUGUUUGGCUGUCUUCCCCACCCUGCUGUAAGUCUUCAUGCCAGAUUGUGCACCCCUAUGCAUGCUUUCUGCGUUCUGACUGGGCUCCUGCACACCCCUGCCAGACUGCCAUUCUGUGCAAACGCUCCUGUCCCGCUUGCUGUGCUCCCUCCCAGCACACUGGACCAUCUGUCCGCAUGUUUCCCUUUCAUAUCAUGGACCCAGCCCCUUCAUCUAGGGUAUUCAGACUUAAGUAUAUUGUUCAAUCAUCUAUUUGUCAACCAAAUCCUUGGAAACAAAGUUUCCUAACUAAUUUAGGGAUUUUAUACUUUUUAGUCACCCAGAUUUUUUAAGCACACAUGAUGAAAGCAGAAUUUAAUUAAUUCCCAUGUUUUGAGCAGAGAGAUAGCUCAGUUGAUCAAGUGCCUACAACAAAACUGUAUGAACCUGAGUUUGAUUCUCAGCACCCAAGUUUUAAAAAAGAAAGAAAAAUAAAUCCAGGCACUGCUUGGUGUAUAGUUGUAAUUCUGUGGUGUUGGAGAGACAGAACUACAAGGAACCCAUUGUUUUUCCAGCUCUUAGUAUAGCUGAAUCAGAUAGCUCGAAGUUCAAUUAGAGACCCUGUCUUAAAAAAAGAUAAGGUAAAGAAUGACUGAGAAGUGCAUGCAACUUCUGGUCUGUAUAUGCAUCUGCACACAUGCAGAUAGCAUAUGGACACGUGUACAUGCACACACAAAGGUAACUGAUUACUUCUGAGCUCUCACGAAAGUCCCUCAGUACAGUUUCUUUCCACAAAGUUUUUAGAAUAUUUUUUGGAAUCUCAGUUUCUGUGUUAUUAUGAUUAAGUUGUUUUGAGAAUAUCUAGGUCUAGUCUUUGGCUUUCCAGAUUAGAAAUAACAUACAAAUAUAUACAUACACAUACUUAUGAAGUCAAGGUUAUGAAAUUAGUGGCUUAAUGUGGAUUUUGGCUUAACCAUUUAUAAAUAGUCUCUUAAACCAUGCCUCAGAAAAUUGUUAGCAUUGAAAAAGUAAAUGUGGAAAAUGUAGAAUUCUGAUAGUUUUAGAAUACAUUUUUUAAAUUAAUGAGUUUAUCAUGUGAAAUUUCUGUGUUUUGUUAGCUUCCCAUAUGAGUCAUGGCACUAACAUUUUUAAUUCUAUAAAAUCUUGAGUCUGGGUGAGAAACAAGUCUUGAUGAGCCCAGUUAACUGCCUUUUCAGUCUUUAAAUUUAAAUUUAUCUUUUUCUCUUAGUGGAAAAUAUCUCCAAAAAUUAAGCCAACCAGUAGCUCUGGAAGGAGGAUUGAUGGGAGUCCAAGGAAAUGAUAGCUUUGAAUGGGGAAGAUUAAAUUCAAGCAUUCUUUAACUUGGCACAUUCUGAAGCAGUUUUCACUUAUGUUAAUGAACCUAAAUUACCAUGCACUUUAUAGAGACAACAAACUGCUUCUAAAAACUAACUUGGUAUUACGUUAGCCAGUAACUAUGUGCUCUUGGAAAGAGAAAUAAAAUUUUUGCUGAGAGUUAGGGAGUACAAGAAUUUAUCAGUUAUUUCUAUCCUGUGUUUAUAGACCCACCCUUAGGCUCAAGAAGUUACUUGUACUCUUUUUGAGCAUGACCUUGCACUUUAUAGCUUAAAUUGUAUAUUACAGAAUAAGUGAUAUUUUUCCAAAUAUCACUUAUAAGGACAGUUUUCAUAUAGAUCAAGUUCUAUGGUAAUGAGAGAUAGAGAAGGAGAUAUGCCAUGUUUUUAUAUAAGAUUAAUUUUGAAACAACAACAUUAUAUUUAAAUGCAUAUAUGUAUAUAAAUACCCUGAGAUAAGCAUGAUCAUACUUCACAGACAGCAACAGGGAAAUCAGACUUUUGAGGACUCCUCCAUGGAUUUCUUUCCAUUUUUAUCUUGGAAAUUUCACAGUAGAGAUUAUGGUUAAGUGUAAGAAGCCCAUUUAGACCCCAACUGUACAUUGAACACUCCUUCUUCCGUUAGUGUGCUAGACGCCAUUUUGUUGAGUUGUGUUAGAAAGUAAAAAGGCUUUGUAUGUACCAGAGCUCCACUGAGGAGAAGCUGGUACAGAGAUCAGUUCUGACUGCAGCUUUAAAUAGAAAACUGAACUGUGGAAAUGUAAAGCAAAAUUAAUUAUGUGUUUUUCUUUUCAUCUUUCCCACACAUUUCAAAUGAUGGCAUUUAUUUCAGGUUAUCACUGAGAUAUUUAACCUUGAGCUAAAGGUUUGUUAUACAAACUUCCAUCAGAAAUAAUUUGACAUGUAUUCUAAAGCCUUUGGAUGUAAAGAAGGAAAUGGAUAAUUAUUAGUGAUAUCUGCCUUCUGCUUUUCGAUGACAGUUGCUUAGGAAAUACAGGUACACCUCACUGUCCAAGGAAUUUGGUUAGUAAUGCCAUGUUCAGAGGCUUUACAAAAGUUCAAGUAUACGUCUUUUGCCAAAUUUGGUGGGCUUAGUGUAACUCUAGGUGUAUCUGACAAUCUCCACAUAGUUUCUGGUAAUAAAUACAGUUAAGUAACAUUUAAAUGUUAAAUCAGGGCUUUCUCUGCUCUUCUUCAUCCACACUCAGUUUAACGAGCUCUUCUGUACUUUGCACACAUUCUCUGUUUGGAGGAGGCUUGUGACAUCACAGUGACUUGAGUGUCUUGUCAUUUCACUGUUUCUUAUUGCAGGCAUUCCCUUGAAAAUGGCAUGUGAUAGGUGAACUGUGAAAGAAUAGACAUCAGCAAACUAGGUCUCUCUAUCUUAAUCUUAAUCUCUCUCUAAGAACAUUCCAUUCCCCAGGCGUGGGGCUUGCUGGAAAAUGCUGCUGACCCAUUGUGGGGCAGCUUCUGAGAACUGGACUUGCCAGGACUUGCCCAGUUCUUGGAAACGGAGAUAUUUGAAGACUGUCAUGGAGUCAGUCAGUCUAGCCUUCUGACCACUUUGUAUUAGCUUAUAUUUUCCCAAUAAUAGGGAUCAAAAGACACUAAGGUCUCUUGCAUGCUAGGCAAGUGUGCUACAGAACUACAUCCUCAGUCCUACUGUUCCCUUUUAAAACAUUAGUGGCUUCCUAACAAAAAGGUUUUAUUUCUUCUUGGUUACUUUCCUUAUUGUAUGACCAAGUACUUAACAAGAAACAACUUAAGGCUGGAACAUUUGCUUAGGCUCACAGGUAGAAGAAGCACAGUCCAUCAAGGCAAGGCAGGCAUGCUAGCAGGAGUGUGAGAUCCCUGGUCACUUCACAAACAGAAAAAGAUGAAUUCCACUGCCUUUCCACUUCCCUCCUCAGUCAGCCUGGGAUCUCAGUCUAGUUCAUUGUGCAGCCCACAUUCAGCGUGAGCCUCCUCUCUUCAGUCAAACCUGUCUGGGAAUGCUCCCAGACAUUUCUGGGAGAGGGGUGCUUCAUAGAAGAUUUCAAACUCCAGUAAGUUGACAGUUAACCAUCACACAUUUUUUUUGUGAGCUAAGGUUUCAUGUAGCCCACACUGGCCUUGAACUUGCUGUAUGGCUGAGGAGAAACUUGAACACUUGGGCCUCCUGCUUCCACUUCCCAAGUACUGCAAUUAUAGGCAUUUGUUACCAAGCCUGGUUCAUCAGUUACUUGAACAAAUUUUAAAGGAUUUCUUUAAUGUUUAUGACUGCUUUGCUUGUAUGUAUACCUGUGUGCUAUAUAUAUGCUUGGUACCUGCAAAGGUCAAAAGAGGACAUUAGAUAUUCUGGAACUGGAAUUUCAAGUGUGAGUCACCAUGUAUGCUGGUAACAAAACCUAUUUCCUCUGCUAGAGCAGCAAGUGUUCUUAACCACUGAGGCAUUUCUCCAGCCCCAGGAUUAUUUUUAAAGAGAGUUCUGGGAAAUAGGGGUGGUGGAAUAAAUGCUAGGUGUGGCUGAAUGGGUAACAUAGUUGCUGGCAUGUGUCAAGACCUGGUUUUGAUCCUCAAUGCCACAAAACAAAUAAAUGAGACUUCUAGUAUUAGUUUGAGUACUAGUGAAGGAGGAAGGCAAUGUCACUUCUGCCUGAUAACUCCUGUAAGGCCCCUUCAUGUCACAAAUUGCUUCUCAUAUCCAGAAUAGACAUAAAUAUCUGGUAAGACUGUGCAUCGCUUUUCUUCCAGAAAAUGUGGUCACUGAACCACCAACUGCUAGAAUAGAUUCACACUUUAAUCACGUGACAGCAGCAUAGGUUGGCUACACUUGGGUCCCAGCUCAUUCCCUUUAGCCUUCUCCACAGGUGCCCUACAGAUUAUCUAGCCUUUCCCACAGGCAGCUACAAGUCAGCAGAGCUGGUGGGCUCUCUCCCUUACCUUCAGAAACUGUCUUUUGUUUCAUUUAAAUAAUAGGGAACAUACAUGUAUUCCUUGACAUAAUUAAUUGAGGCUCGCCACCCACGUGUAUGGAUAGGGGUAGCACACUAAUAUGGAUUUAGGGAUUGGUGUUGAAAAGGCCCAGUUAGAAAAUUACUAUGAAUUUAAUCCACCUGCACUUGAAUCUACACCAACUUUCUAGUGAGCAUAGAGGAUAUCAAAAAUAAUUUUAAAUAGGAUUGAUUAAAACAAAAAUCAAGGGUUGGGGAUUUAGCUCAGUGGUAGAGCGCUUGCCUAGCAAGCACAAGGCCCUGGGUUCGGUCCCCAGCUCCGAAAAAAAAAAAAAUCAAAGCAUUCAGUAUGGUGUAGCAACUUAAGAUAUUACUGCUUCUUAACUUUUGCAAAGUGAAAAAGAAUUAGAAUUUUAAUAAUUUGCUUCCAGAUUGAGAUAACCAAUAUAGUCUCAGAAUUUUUAUUGCUUAACUUAAAAGCAGACUAAAUGCCUUCUUUCUCUCUUGGAAGUGCAAAGAAUCCAAGAAAGAGAUUUAAAAAACAAUAAAAAUCCCACAGCAUCUAUUGCCUUCUGGGAGUGAAGAAAAAAAACCUAGUAUUAUUUAUAUAAAUUAGUGCAGUGUGGUGUAGAAACAGAAAGAAAAAGGUGUAAGAAAUAAAACACAAAGAAGUACAUUCUCAAGGAACGUUCAGGCUACAGAAGCUGCUGCAUCUGAGAACUGAAGGGUCCCAGUCCCAGGAGGUAAGUCACUCUUGCUUUAAGCUGUAAAUCAUUUGCUCGUUUAUGCUCUCAUGCGGCUUUUUCUUUUUCUUUUUUUUUUUCUUUUUCCAGAAAGCUGUGACAGAAAGAAAAUAGAUUGUUUCAGCUUGCCUCCUCUUAAGACUUUAUGGAAUUUUAAGCAACUUUCUCCCAGAAUUAAAUUCCUUGCUUACCCACUUCAGAGACUAUUUGACCUUCUUUUCUCUAGCUUGUCUGAAAAAAUCAGAGUGAAGGUGGUCAUAUAUAUUUUUAUGCCAUAUAUUGACAAGGAUCUGAGUUUCAUUAUCUUCUGGUCAGGAAUUAAAAUAACUAUGCCCAUCCUUGGGUUGAGUAGCUCAGUCAGUUGUAUAUAGAUUCAUUCUCUCUCUCUCUCUCUCUCUCUCUCUCUCUCUCUCUCUCUCUCUCUCUCACACACACACACACACACACACACACACACACACACACACACACACUCACACACACACUCACACAA